AUCAGUCAAAAGUUGACCUCAUUAAUAAUUUUUGUGUUUACUGCUAUCAUUUUCAUAGUUUUGUAAUAUUUAAAAAAAUAUUCGCAUUUUUUAAGAUUUAACAGUAAAAUUGUGUGAAUAAAAAAUUGCAUAAAAGUUUUUUUGCAAGUCUUUUGACGAAUACGUCACAGCGCCAUGUUGUAUUCCUGCGCUGAUUGCAGGCACGAGAAAUCUGCCAACCCGUUUAUUUUUUGGGAUUAGUUCCCGAGAAUAAAUCGAACUGCGAUUUUGUACUCAAAUAUAUUUGAAUUUAUAUUUGUUGGCAAAUGUUAUAGACUUUAGUGUAUUCGAUGCAUCCCUGUUGUCGCAUUUUGAGUGUUAACUCCUAAUUUCAACUGCAGUUUUGUGCAUCCGCGAAAGUUGAAAGGACUGUGUUGUAAAAGAAAGAAGUGAUAAUUAGCCAAAAUUCCGGUCCCUACGCGUAGACGAGAAGGUGCCUACCCGCCGGGGCAGUCAGGCGAAGGAGAUAUGAACAAUAAACGAAAAAAUCGCCAAGGGCCACCGAGAUCGCCGCGGGGCCGCGUGGUGGCCGAGGGGGUGUACAACAACGCACAUUUCAUGCACGCGGCCACGUCGCACGUCGGCGACAUCGUGCAGGUGCUCACGCAGUCGGGCAGCCUGUGGGAGGGCGUGUUCAAAACUUUCAGUGCACAGUUUGAGGUGGUACUAGAAGUAGCCCACCGCGUGGACCAAGAGGGCGUGGUGGCCGUGGACUCGGUGGUGGAGAAGCUGAUCUUCAAACCGCAGGAUGUGGUCUCGAUCCGCGCCAAAGACUCGGACCUCGAGUAUGCGACGCACGACGUGUUCCAGACAGACAGCGCUAUAUCUAGCAAAUUUAAUGGCAAUGGCCGUUCAGCAGAAGAGCGGCAACUAGAGCCGUGGGACGGCUGCGAUGGAGACACAGGCGACUCACCGUCACUCAACGGCGACGCUCGGCUCGAUGACUUAGACCUCGAUAGAGCAAACGGCUGGGACGCUAACGACAUGUUCCGCAAGAACGAAGAGGUGUACGGUGUGCACAGCACGUACGAUCACUCGUUAGCUGGAUACACGCUACAACUGCAGAGGAAAGACACGCAGGACUAUAGGGAAGCAGAAGCCAAAGCGGAAGAGAUAGCAGCGGAAAUAGAAGGUGCGGCGACGUAUAAAGCUCGCAUUGAACUGGAGAACGGCGACGAGGAGGAACGGUUCGCUGCUGUACUCCGCCCCCCGCAAGAACAGCCUAAAUAUGUCAUACCUAAUAAGAGAAAGAAUGGACAGCAGCAGCAGCAGGCCGGCAAGCCGGUGAAGGGUGGCAGUGGCGGGUCGCCGGGCGCCAAACGUGACAAAGAGCCGCGACCGCCCCGACACCAUCUCACGCCGCCCGCUGACCAUGUCGUGACGAGUCCGGCGGCAGUGAGCGGUGCGGGCGGUGCGGGCGGUGUGAGCGCGGGCAACAAGAGCUACGCGGCGCAGGCGGCCGGCCACCACGCGCCGCCCUUCCCGCACCAUGCGCACGCACCGUCAAACAACAAAAUGAACGGCGAGCCUCGAACCCCGGUCCCGGCGCGGCAGGGCUUCCCGCCGCACCACCAUCACGUUAGUACCACACCCCACCGUUAUCAAUACCACCCUUAUCAGUACCGCCCGUAUCGAAAUAACUCUUAUCAACAUCGAUAUCAGACGAAUCGUUCUUAUCAAUCGAAUUAUAGACCUUAUGGAGGGAGGGGUAGAGGUAGAUAUUGGAAUGAAUAUAGCGGAGCGUCAGAGCCACCAAGUCGAGGCGGCCGUGGGCACGCACCACCAGAUCCUCGGGAACCACGGGAUCCUAGAGACCAAAGGGACCCCAGAGACCAAAGGGACCCUAGAGACCAAAGGGACCCUAGAGACCAACGGGAUCCUAGAGACCAACGGGAUCCCAGAGACCAACGGGAUCCCAGAGACCAACGGGAUCCGAGAGACCAACGGGAUCCCAGAGACCAACGCGAUCUCAGGGAACCUAGAGACCCACGGGAACAACGCGACAUCAGGGAACAAAGGGACCCGCGGGACCAACGUGAAAUCAGAGAACAAAGGGACCCCAGAGAACAAAGAGACCCGAGAGAACAAAGAGAUCCGAGGGAACAACGGGAUCCCAGAGAACAAAGGGAAAUUAGGGAACCUAGAGAACCUAGGGAACCGAGAAGACAAGAUGAAUUACAGGAGCUGCGCAAGUUCGGUCAAGAGUUCAAGCUGGUGUCCGGCGCGGUGGGCGUGCCCGUGGGCGCGGCGAACGUGGCCGUGAACGUGGGCGUGGGCGUGCCCGUGGUCGUGGGCGUGGGCGCGGCGCCCACACAACCCGUGAUACCGCCCGCGCAGGUGAUGCAAGCAGCGCCGCAUAAUCCUCAACCACAAUCACAGCCAUGUCCCGUGGCAGCGAGUCCACCAGAAGUGUCUGCUAAUGUAGGCCCACCGUCAGAACCACACAAACGGCCAGCUAGAGCACCGGAACAUCACAAGCCACCCCCAGUACCAAAACCGGAAGAGCCCGAAGAGCGCAGCGCUCACAGCGGCUCCCCACGAGAAGCAGCAUCCCCCAGCGUGGAGCGGGCCACGGCAACCCUCAAGAAGUCCACCCUCAACCCCAACGCGAAGGAGUUCAACCCGAGCGCGAAGCCCUUCACCCCCCGCAGUCCCACCACCCCGUCGCACAGCAGACCGCACACACCAAGCACGCCGAUGGGCGUCGGUGGCGUGGGCGUGGGCGGCGUCGGCGUGGGCGUGGGACUCGGUGGCGUGGGCGUGGUCGGCGCUGGCGUGAGCUACGUGCCCGCACCGCCACCGGGACCGCAUAUGCCCCACUUCCAGAUGGCAGCAGUGCCGUACGCCAUGAUGGCGGCAGCAGCGGCAGCUUCACAGCAACCACCGGCUUAUUUACCGCACCCACAUCCCCCGGGCAACGGGCACAUGGAGAUGGGUUGCGAGUGCCGGCAGUACGGCCCGCCCAUACUGCUGCUGGCCGACAAGCGCGACCGACACGACGCGAUAUACGGCGCAGCCAUGGGUGGCGGCGCCGCAGUAGCGGGCGGGGCUGGACAACAUGCGCCCAUACCUACACAGCCACAGAGAAACUUUAGAAAAGGCAUGCAAGUAGCGACAGCGACGGGGCAACCGUUGCUAGCGCCGGCGCCGAUGCAGCAGUUCGUGCCGUACCCGCACCCGCACCCGCACCCCGCGCCGCCGCAACCCGCGCUGCAGUACCCGCACAUGGUGCGCAUGUACCACGGCGGUGGCGUGGGCGUGGGCGGCGGCGUGGGCGUGGGCGGCGGCGGCGCGGGCGAGGGCUACGCGCCGGCCGCCAGCCCCGCGGCCGCGUCGCCCGCGCUGUACCCGCCGCCCUCGCCCGCGCACACGCCGCACCCGCACCCGCACGCGCACGCGCACCACCCGCCGCACCACCACUACCAGCAGCCGCCCUUCCAGGUGCUGUGCCCACUGAUGGGGCCGGGUGGGGGCGCGCACCACCACCACCACCACCACGUGGCGUACCUCAACCACGCGCCGCCCACCGCCUCGCCGCCGCACCACCCACAUCACCCGCAACAUGUACAGCAAGUGCUGCUCCCGCCGCAGCAGCCGUCCGGCGGGUCGAGCACGCCGGGCGUGCACUCGUCUCACCCGUAG